AUGUCGGAUUCUCAAACAACAGGAGAUAGCUACGGCGGACCUCGACACGAAGGUGAGUAUGUCCGUCUCCGGGUUCAACAUGAGCUCGUCAAAAUCAACAUGGACGGCAAGCUCGCGCGGGCGCCAAUAGACUUCUCCAAGCCAGAUAUCAAGAUCCUUGACUCUGCCACUGCAGAUGGAUACUGGCUUGUGGAUCUUGCAAAAACGUACUCGCUCGCCCCAACAGCGCAACUAGUCGGCGCGGAUAUCGCAUCGCAACACUUUAUACCGAUUGAGCAGCGCCCGGCCAAUCUUGAGCUCAUUCUUCAGAAUAUCUUCGACGAAUGGCCUGAGCAGUACCACAAUUAUUUCGACCUAGUGCAUCAGCGAUUUGUGCUACCCGUUUGCAACGAUGCGAAGAGCGUCGAUGCCAUCACCAAAUUAUUUUCCUGCGUCAAACCGGGCGGAUAUAUCCAAAUCCACGAUGGAGACAUGGAAACUAUCAUUGACGGGCCCGAGCAUGCUGCCAUGGCGCAAUUCCGCGAUAUGAUGGGGAAAGCUUGGAAGAUGAUGGGACAUAAUCUCAGUCCCGGACCCAAGAUUACGGGCUGGUUAAAAGAGGUUGGGGCUGAAGAUAUUGAGGAGACGCUCGUCAUAAACAAGUGCGGUCCUCUGGCCGAGGAUAAGGCUCAAGGAGAGCGUGCCAUCGCAGUAUUGUUGGCUCUGCUGGAUGGAGCCCAGGCAUUACUUGGUACUUUACCUGGCUUUCCGCCACCAGCGGAAAUUAGUCAAUUGCGGACGGCGCUUGAGAACGAGCUGAGAACUGUAGGAAAUGAAUGGCGGACUCAUGUUGUUGUUGCGAAGAAAGGCUUAUAA